UCCAGUGCUUUCAUUUCAUACCCUGAGCUCAGGGAUAAACACGAAGCAGGAAAAUUCCCACUUCUACUCCCCUGCCAGGAUAUGAAAACAACCCCACGGGCCAAAGCAUCUGCAGAAUAAACUGGAGUGGGAAAGCUUAUAGUUUACAGCUGAAGUCCUUUUCUUGCAAGAUUGCCAGCUGCUGGAAGUGACUUUACUAGGGAACAAAGCAGUCAGGGAUCGAAAACUUAUUCUGGAUGCUUGUCAGCUUUCAGAAUAAUACCAAAACGCUGGACGUCUACAGCAUCUUUCACCUCAGGAGCUCAGACAUCUGAGACACACGCCUGAUGGGCUCCCUCCAGAAAACAGCUGCAUGCCUCCUGUUCCUGUCCGUUUUCUCAAGUGUCUCCCACGGCCAACUUGCAACCUUCAUCUGCAGUGAUGUCAAGACAGAAUAUAACAAAACGGCAACAAUUUCAUGCAUUAGCAACAAGAAGAUUACACAUGUGGUCGUUAAGCGCUGUGAAAAUUGUAAUAAACAGAACUCGUGCUUAGAAAGCGUUAUAAACACGUGGGCACGAAAGGAUUCCAGUGAAGAGGGAAGAAUUCGGUUGGUGCUACAACACAAUGUUUCUGAAGUGCACAUACAGGAAGUAAAAGCAACUGAUGAAGGAGGUUAUAAAUGGCAUCUUUAUUCUGACGCUGGGGAACGCGAUGGAUGUGCAACCCUUGAGAUUACAGCUCCAGAAACUGAGCCUAAUCUCACUAGGAACGGAACAAAGCUCACCUGCCUGUCACCUAUAGGGCAUCGACAAAGGGAGAUCCAUUGGUUCAAUGGCCAUGGGACUAACCUGACGGGCAGUGCAAGCCUGGUAUCUGAGGAAGCAGAAGGUGGCUUAACCAGCCUUAGCAGCACUCUCCAUGAGAAACCCAGCUUAGCUGCCUCAGAGUAUUGCUGUACUGUGCUGUAUGAUGUGCACACCAAGAGAAACAAAACCAAGUGCCUUCGUGCCCACAAAGCAGUUGCUGAUUACCUUCAUUUUACUUCAACCCGAUCACAAAAGUUACCCUCAACAUCUGCCAAAUAUCCGGAAAUUCCGAAGACCAUGAAAGAGCAUGUUGCCACCAUUCUAGUGCUCCUCUUUCUGGUUCUCUGCUCUUUUGCAGCUGUUCUGUACUACAAGUACCGCCAGCAGGUACAGUCUGACAACACACAUUAAGGUCGAAGCCUGUCCGAUCUGCACCUGCUGAAUUCCAAAAAGUCACUUCCUAGGAGCUAGUGCCACAA